AUGGUCCAUGUCGAAAUUGUGAAACCUACAAGGUCGAUUGUAAAGCCACUCGAGCCGACGAGUCACAAUGAUGUUCAUCCCAUCAUUACACCCCCAGCUUCGAGGCAACCUGGUUUCAUUAAUGUGCGAGAGCCAAGCUAUCGGUCACCUAUCGCGAAUACGUUGUCUAGCCGCCAUGACGCCGAUCAGCUUCCGGAAGUACUCGAAGAAGGUUCAACUCCGCCUAUCACCUGCUCUACUGUCUUCGGCCAUACAAACGAAAGCUUGCAGGGGGUUGUGACCAUUGAACAAGCCGCAGUACCACAACGCUCUAAAUAUGCAGGAAAGAUCUCGACCCAGGUCUUAGCAAAAUCCGCGGAGGAGCUUUUCCAAGAUAGGCAAAUCCGCAUUCGAGUCAUGGGGUUCUUUCGUCCUCUCAUGAGCUUUGCGGAGGAUAUUCCUGUCCCGUCCAUGGAGUAUUAUCCAAUCGUUGACAGAUCGACAGCCGACAGUUAUGUCCAAGCGUACUUUACCAGUAUUAACAGACUGUUUCCAAUCCUUUCUGAGGCCCAGUUUUGGCCUGUGUACGAGGAGUUUUAUCGCAUUGGGUUCUCUAUCGACGCCGUCUUUGUUUGCAGUCUGAAUUUGGUGCUGGCCCUGGGGGCACGACAGAACGAGUCAUCGGCAGACUCGACAAGGUUAUUUGCUGCUGGCUGGGAAUUAUACGCCCGGGUGAUCUCCGUGCCUUACUUUGCCAGUGUCCAAGCUUUACUUCUCAUGGCCCUUGAAUUGAUGCACUGUGACAAAGACGGCCAAGCUAUGCUAGCCGUGGGUACAGCUGUCCGCAUCUCCCAGUCACUUGGGAUACACAGGUCCCUCUCUGCCCACAAACAGCCACGCGAAAGGGGCUUUGUUGAGAAAGAGUAUCAUCUCCGAAGUCGCGUUUGGUGGGCAUGUUACUGUUUGGACAAAAAAUUAUCCUUUGAGAUCGGUCGGCCAUCUGCGAUAAACGAUGCUGAAUGUGAUGUUGACCCUCCAGGUGAUCUCUGUCGAACGCCCUCUUCAGAUAUGAUACUCCCAGAGGAUGAGUCGCUUUUCGGGCUGAUGGUAGAACUAUGCCAAAUACAAUCAGCAAUGAUUUCUCGAUUGUUCUGUACAGCGGCAGAGGAUAACCCUAGUCUGAUACAAGAAAUUGAAGCAAUGGAUCAGCGACUACUUUUGUGGAAGGAAAGCUUUCCUUCAGGGCUCCGGAUUGAUGAAGAUUUGACCGGGGCCAAUACCCGUCUGAAAUCGGUUGGUUGCCUACUGCUGCAUUGUCGCGCUCUCGCUCGGACUCUCAAUGACCUUGUCAGUACACCUUUGAGCUGGCCAAUUGUCAGGUGGACAACGUCCUAUAUUUUGAAUGUGCUAUUCACGCUUUACAUUGGUAUCAUGAAGAAUAUUGUUCAGUGGACGACGGAGACGGAUAUUGCCCUACUUAAGACUAUGCGGCACUGCUUUUCCAAGAGCAAUGAUAAUCUCUUAGCAAUAUCAUCGUUCGAUGCUCUAUUGGACUCGCUCCUAAAUGCUAUUGACGUCAAAAAGCAGCGAAUGUUGUCGCAAUCAAUUGCUGCUCCAGAUCCUGUCAACUCGGGUCUUGGAAAUGGUCAUGGCGUACCCAUGGCUGAGGAAUCUGAGAUCGACUUUUCUUUUGGUGAUUUCUUUGGGUUAAAUGGGAACUCGAAUGCACUCAUGUCGAUGCAAUUCUGGCCUGUGGAUGUAGAGCACCCCAUAGAGGCAGAUGAACUAGUCUGA